AUGUCUGCGCCACCCACUCCUAUUAUCAACUUGGACUUUCCCAACAAGAAUAUCUUUGAGAUUAAUCAAAAGCAGUGGAACAAAUAUUCCACAGAACCUGCCAAGAAUGGAACGCUUCAAGAAUGGAUUACGGAGCCGCUGCACCUGUUGACUUCGGAGUCAUCGUCUUCAGCUAUGUCCAAUGGUCAGGAUGCUUCGCUUUCGUCGCUCGCAACGGGCGAUGAGAAUAAUACGAUCCUGACCAUACCGGAGGCGAUCAGAAGCGACCAGAUGCUGUCAACGGUCAACGGGCAACAUUACCUGGAGGUACCGUUGCCCUCCACGUCCAAUGGGCUGAAUCAACAGGCGCCCAUGCCGGUGACGUCGAAUGGGUGCCAGCAAAUGUAUUCUGUGCCGGCGACCACCAGCAAUGGACACUGCCACCAAAUCCCAAUGCCUGGGACGAGUAACGGAUCCAGCUAUGGUGUGAGCUCCUACGGAGUUCACUAUACUGGAUCCAAUGGCAACGUAGGAUACUCGCCAAACAUGAGCGGUGUCCAUACGGUGAGGCCUGCUAAUUAUAUUAUACAUCCAUUCCGGCCCAACGGUGGGUGUAAUGUGCCGAAUGGAGGUAAUGGCUAUUUUGUACGGCCAGGCUGGCCUGUAAAUGCCAUUAGCAAAGUCGUGAAUGGCGUUGUUAAGAAGCAGAAGAGGAAUCGGACAGCUUUUACAAGCCACCAGAUGGCGGAGCUGGAGCAAGAGUACGCGAGGGCCCGGUACUUAGACCGUACCAGAAGAAUUGAGCUGGCUUCCACACUCAACUUAAAUCAGCGGACGGUCAAAAUCUGGUUCCAAAACAGGCGAAUGAAGGAGAAGAAAGACCGUCUUGAAGUGGAAGCUGCAAAUAUGGGUGACCUGCCCAUAUUUGUACAAGACGGUCAGCAGUAUGUUCAGGUGGGCAUUGAAAACGGCCAUUUUAAUCCGGCAUUGUGUGCAGAGAUGCCGAUGCCAUCGGUCUCGAUGCCAUCGAUGACGAUGCCAUCGGUGUCGAUGCCAUCGGUGACGAUGCCAUCGGUGCCGAUGCCAUCGGUGUCGAUGCCAUCAAUGCCGAUGCCGCCAAUGCCUAUGCCUCACAUGCUGCCUCAUGCGCCUACGCUUCCAGGCCUUGAGAUGCCAUACGUACCAGAGAACGCCAUCCAGGUCAAUGGCGUUCAAGCCCAACAACCACCGGUUCCUACUCCAGCGGGUGCGGGCACAGAAAACCCUGCUGGAGCUAAUAAUGUCGAAGAUAAUUGGGACCUGGCAUGGAUCCGCAGCAUCAACAUCGGUGAUGAUUUGGAACUGCAGUGA